AGAAGUGCGGGCCGCGAUCGGGGGCGGGGGCUAAGACACCACCCCUAGCUCAGGGCAGCCGGGCAGCGGAGGCUGGAGCCCGGAGGGCUGGGGAGGAGCGGCCCCCGGGGCAGGACUGGAGCGAGAGGGGGCGGCUCCUCCCCUGGCCCCGCCGCCGUCGGUCGGGUCGCUGGGCUGGGCGCCGCGGGAGCCGCAGCCUUUUCCGGGGGGCGGGCCCCGCUCCUGCCCCGACAGGUGCGCACCGCGUGCAGGAAUGCGGCCGGCCUGACUCACCAGCGCCUCCUUCCUACCUGCCGCCGCCCCAUAAAGCGGUCCCUCCCCUCCCCGCCGCCCGCCCUCGGGACAGUCCGGCUCUGCGCGCGCCUGCCGCCCAGCCGCCGAGCGGAGCCCACCGCGGGGGAGGGCGGAGGAGGAAGAGGAUGGCGGGGCCUCGUGCCAGCCCAUGGGCCAGGCUGCUGCUGGCAGCCGUGCUGAUCGCCGGCUUCUCAGGGCACAUGGCCAAUCGCUGCAAGAAGGCCCAGGUGAAGAGCUGCACCGAGUGCAUCCGUGUGGCCAAGGACUGCGCCUACUGCACCGACGAGACGUUCCUUGAACGGCGCUGCAACACCCAGGCCGAGCUGCUGGCCGCAGGCUGCCGGAUGGAGAGCGUGGUGGUCAUGGAGAGCAGCUUCGAGAUCACCGAGGAGACGGAGAUCGACACCACCCUGCACCGCAGCCAGGUGUCCCCCCAGGCGCUGCGGGUCCGCCUGCGGCCGGGCGAGGAGCAGCACUUCGAGCUGAAGGUGUUCGAGCCGCUGGAGAGCCCCGUGGACCUAUACAUCCUCAUGGACUUCUCCAACUCCAUGUCCGACGAUCUGAACAACCUCAAGCAGAUGGGCGAGCACCUGGCUGAGGUCCUGCGGAGCCUCACCAGAGACUACACGAUCGGCUUCGGCAAGUUUGUGGACAAAGUCAGUGUCCCGCAGACGGACAUGAGGCCGGAGAAGCUGAAGGAGCCCUGGCCCAACAGCGACCCCCCCUUCUCCUUCAAGAACGUCAUCAGGCUGACCCAAGACGUGGAUGAGUUCCGGAAUAAGCUGCAGGGAGAGCGGAUCUCAGGCAACCUGGACGCCCCCGAAGGCGGUUUUGACGCCAUGCUGCAGACGGCCGUGUGCACGAGGGACAUCGGCUGGCGCCCGGACAGCACCCACCUGCUGGUGUUCUCCACCGAGUCGGCCUUCCACUACGAGGCCGACGGCGCCAACGUGCUGGCCGGCAUCCUGAAGCGGAAUGACGAGGAGUGCCACCUGGAUGCCACGGGCACCUACACCCAGUACAAGACGCAGGACUACCCCUCCGUGCCCACCCUGGUGCGCCUGCUGGGCAAGCACAACAUCAUCCCCAUCUUCGCCGUCACCAACUACUCCUACAGCUACUACGAGAAACUGCACACGUAUUUCCCCGUGUCCUCGCUGGGCGUGCUGCAGGAGGACUCGUCCAACAUCGUGGAGCUGCUGCGGAAGGCCUUCGACAACAUCCGCUCCAACCUGGACAUCCGGGUCCUGGACAUCCCCCGCGGCCUGCGGACCGAGAUCACCAGCAGGAUCCCCAAGACGAAGUCUGGGUCCUUCCACAUCCAGCGAGGAGAAGUGGGCACCUACCAAGUCCAGCUGCGGGCCAUCGAGGACGUGAACGGGAUGCAUGUGUGCCAGCUGCCGGAGAAUGACAAGAGGGGCAACAUCCACCUGAAGCCUUCCUUCUCCGACGGCCUCAGGAUGGACGCAGAGAUCAUCUGUGACGUGUGCUCCUGCGAGCUGCAAAAAGAGGUGCAGUCACCUUACUGCAGCGGCCAUGGGGACUUCAUGUGCGGGCACUGUGUGUGCUACGAGGGCUGGAGCGGCAAGACCUGCAGCUGCUCCACGGGCUCCCAGAGCGACACCGUCCCCUGCCUGCGGGACGGGGAGGACAAGCCGUGCUCCGGCCGCGGCGAGUGCCAGUGCGGGCGCUGCGUGUGCUACGGGGACGGCCGCUACGAGGGCCAGUUCUGCGAGUACGACAACUUCCAGUGCCCCCGCACCGCCGGGGUCCUCUGCAACGACCGGGGACGCUGCUCCAUGGGCCAGUGUGUGUGUGAGCCGGGCUGGACGGGCCCAAGCUGCGACUGUCCCCUCAGCAAUGCCACCUGCAUCGACAGCAACGGGGGCAUCUGUAACGGGCGUGGCCACUGCGAGUGUGGCCGCUGCCACUGCAACCAGCAGUCCCUCUACACAGACAGCAUCUGCGAGAUCAACUACUCGGCGGUGCGGCUGGGGCUCUGCGAGGACAUGCGCUCCUGCGUGCAGUGCCAGGCCUGGGGCACGGGCGAGAAGAAGGGGCGCUCGUGCGAGGAGUGCCGCUUCAAGGUCAAGAUGGUGGACGAGCUUAAGAAAGCGGAGGAGGUGGUGGAGUUCUGCUCCUUCCGGGACGAGGACGACGACUGCAACUACAGCUACACCGUGGAGGGCGACGGCAGCCCCGGGCCCAACAGCACCGUCCUGGUGCACAAGAAGAAGGACUGCCCUCCCAGAUCCUUCUGGUGGCUCAUCCCCCUGCUCAUCUUCCUCCUGCUGCUCCUGGCGCUGCUGCUGCUGCUGUGCUGGAAGUACUGUGCCUGCUGCAAGGCCUGCCUGGCGCUUCUCCCCUGCUGCAACCGAGGUCACAUGGUGGGCUUCAAGGAGGACCACUACCUGCUGCGGGAGAACCUGAUGGCCUCGGACCACCUGGACACACCCAUGCUGCGCAGCGGGAACUUCAAGGGGGUGGACAGGGUCCGCUGGAAGGUCACCAACAACGUGCAGCGGCCUGGCUUCGCCACCCACACCGCCAGCACCAACCCCACGGAGCUGGUGCCCUACGGGCUGUCCCUGCGCCUUGCCCGCCUUUGCACCGAGAACCUGCUGAAGCCCGAAACCCGGGAGUGCGACCAGCUGCGCCAGGAGGUGGAGGAGAACCUGAACGAGGUGUACAGGCAGAUCCCGGGCUCACACAGGCUCCAGCAGACCAAGUUCCGGCAGCAGCCCAACGCCGGGAAGAAGCAGGACCACACCAUUGUGGACACGGUGCUGACGGCGCCCCGCUCCGCCAAGCAGUCCCUGCUGAAGCUGAUGGAGAAGCACGUGGCCCAAGGGGCCUUCCACGAGCUCAAGGUGGCCGCCGGCUACUACACCCUCACCGCGGACCAGGAUGCCCGGGGCAUGGUGGAGUUCCAGGAGGGCGUGGAGCUGGUGGAUGUGCGGGUGCCCCUCUUCAUCCGGCCCGAGGACGACGACCAGAAGCAGCUGAUGCUGGAGGCCAUCAACGUGCCCGUGGGCACUGCCACCCUCGGCCGCCGCCUGGUAAACAUCACCGUCAUCAAGGAGCAAGCCACCGGGAUCGUGUCCUUCGAGCAGUCCGAGUACGUGGUCAGCGGCGGGGAGCCCGUGGCCCGCAUCCCCAUCGUGCGGCGCAUCCUGGACAACGGCAAGUCCCAGGUCACCUACCGCACCCAGGACAACACGGCGCAGGGCAAACGGGACUACGUCCCCACGGAGGGCGAGCUGCUGUUCCAGCCCGGGGAGACCUGGAAGGAGAUCCAGGUGAAGCUCCUGGACCUGCAAGAGAUGGACUCCCUGCUGCGGGGCCACCAGGUCCGCCGCUUCCAUGUCCACCUCAGCAACCCCAAGUUCGGGGCCCGCCUGGGCCAGCCCCACUCAGCCACUGUCAUCAUUGGGGACCGAGAUGACCUGGAGCAGAACUUCAAGAGCCAGACCCUGUCAAGGCUCACAGGCGCUCACAGUGACCUGGGUGCCCCACAGAACCCCAAUGCCAAAGCUGCGGGGUCCCGGAAGAUCCACUUCAACUGGCUGCCCCCUUCUGGCACACCGACUGGGUACAGGGUGAAGUACUGGAUCCAGGGUGACUCAGAGGCCGAAGCCCACCUGCUGGACAGCAAGGUGCCCUCGGUGGAGCUCACCAACUUGUACCCGUACUGCGACUACGAGAUGAAGGUGUGCGCCUACGGGGCGCAGGGCGAGGGCCCCUACAGCCCCCUGGUGUCCUGCCGCACCCACCAGGAAGUACCCAGUGAGCCAGGGCGCCUGGCGUUCAACGUGGUGUCCUCCACUGUGACCCAGCUGAGCUGGGCGGAGCCCGCUGAGACCAAUGGCGAGAUCACAGCCUACGAGGUCUGCUACGGCCUGGUCAACGAGGACAACCGACCCAUCGGGCCCAUGAAGAAGGUGCUGGUGGACAGCCCCAAGAAGCGGAUGCUGCUCAUCGAGAACCUGAAAGAGUCGCAGCCGUACCGCUACACCGUGAAGGCGCGCAACGGGGCGGGCUGGGGGCCCGAGCGGGAGGCCAUCAUCAACCUGGCCACCCAGCCCAAGCGGCCCAUGUCCAUCCCCAUCAUCCCCGACGUCCCCAUUGUGGACGCCCAGAGCGGGGGCGACUAUGACAGCUUCCUCAUGUACAGCGACGACGUGCUACGCUCGCCAGGCGGCAGCCAGAGGCCCAGCGUCUCCGACGACACCGGCGCCACCUGGAAGUUCGAGCCCCUGCUCGGGGAGGAGCUGGACCUGCGGCGCGUCACGUGGCGGCUGCCCCCGGAGCUCAUCCCGCGCCUGUCGGCCAGCAGCGGGCGCUCCUCCGACGCCGCCGAGCCGCCCCGCGGGCCCCCGGAAGACGGCGCCGAAGGGGGCGCGGGGGCCGCGGUGGGGGAGGGCGGCGGCUCGGCUCGGAGCGCCACGCCGGGGCCCCCCGGAGAUCACCUGGUAAACGGGCGGAUGGACUUCGCCUUCCCGGGCAGCGCCAACUCCCUGCACAGGAUGACCACGGCCAACGCUGCCUAUGGCACCCACCUGAGCCCGCACCUGUCUCACCGGGUGCUGAGCACGUCCUCCACCCUCACCAGGGACUACCACUCGCUGACCCGCACGGAACACUCUGGCACGCUGCCCAGGGACUACUCCACCCUCACGUCCCUGUCCUCAACCAGCCUCGCUCCCAUCCGUGAAGACGGGAGGAGCAGGCUUCCACUGUCCUGGACUUUGGGGUCCCGGAGUCGGGCUCAGAGGAAGGGGGUGCCCCCCUCCAGGGACUCGCCAGACUCUAUAAUCCUGGCUGGGCAGCCAGCAGCGCCCUCUUGGGGCCCAGGCUCCCGCAUGGCUGCUGGUGUGCCCAACACGCCCACCCGCUUGGUGUUCUCGGCCCUGGGGCCCACGUCUCUGAAAGUGAGCUGGCAGGAGCCGCAGUGUGAGCAGGCGCUGCAGGGCUACAGCGUGGAGUACCAGCUGCUGAAUGGCGGCGAGCUGCACCAGCUCACCAUCCCCAGCCCCAGCCAGACGUCCGUGGUGGUGGAGGACCUGCUGCCCAACCACUCCUACGCGUUCCGGGUGAGGGCGCGGAGCCAGGGCGGCUGGGGCCCCGAGCGCGAGGGCGUCAUCACCAUCGAGUCGCAGGUGCACCCUCAGAGCCCGCUCUGCCCCCUGCCAGGCUCCGCCUUCACGCUGAGCACGCCCAGCGCCCCGGGCCCACUGGUGUUCACCGCCCUGAGCCCAGAUUCCCUGCAGCUGAGCUGGGAGCGGCCGCGCAGGCCUGACGGGGACAUCCUGGGCUACCUGGUGACCUGCGAGAUGGCCCACGGAGGAGAGCCCGCCACCACGUUCCUGGUGGACGGCGACAGCCCUGAGAGCAGGCUGACCGUGCCGGGCCUCAGCGAGAACGUGCCCUACAAGUUCAAGGUGCAGGCCAAGACCACCCAAGGCUUUGGGCCGGAGCGUGAGGGUAUCAUCACCAUUGAGUCCCAGGAUGGAGGCCCCUUCCCGCAGCUGGGCAGCCACUCCGGCCUCUACCAGCACCCGCUGGCAGGCGAGUACAGCAGCAUCACCACCACCCACACCAACACCACUGAGCCCUUCCUCCUGGACGGACUAACCCUGGGGUCCCAGCACCUGGAAGCAGCUGGCUCCCUCACCCGGCACGUGACCCAGGAGUUCGUGAGCCACACGCUGACCACCAGCGGGACCCUCAGCAGCCAGGUGGACCAGCAGUUCUUCCAGACCUGAGCUCCCCAAGCCCAGCCCGGCUCUGUCCAGAACCUGGGCCCCCACUGCCUGCUCCCCUCGCCUCAGCUGCACCAUUCUCGGACCCCUAGUGGCCCCGUCCACCCGCAUGCCGAUCAUGGGGCCAGCGCCUCUUGGGGGCACACGUCCUCUGGGAGGCACGAAGGGGACCUCUGGCUGCCCGUCCACCCUACCCAAGCACGCCUGUAACCACAGAGCUGGGGCCAGCAUGACAAGGACCCUGCUUUGUUCUGCACUUAAUACAAGAUUUUGCUACCGCUUGG